AUGGACGCCCCGGUGAAAACACGAGCAUUCAGCGGAGGUGUGAGAGAACGGGGAGUGAUGGCGGCCGGGAGCAUCGGCAGAGAGAAAGCGGGACGUGGGAGGGUGAGGAGACGCAGCCACCACAGCGCCAACCGUCGCUCCACUGCUGAGCGCCGGACGAGCCGCACAGCCGCACUCCUCUCUGAAGUCAAGACUGCUAUACGAACCAUGCUCGACCAAGAUGAUGCUUCCUCUGUGACUUUUCAGAAUAGGAGCCACACAAUAUUUCCGAUGUCCACAGAGUACGGAGGAAACGGUUCAUCAGUCAGGCUGACAUGGUGGCCAUUCUGGAUUAUCACAACCAAGUCAGAGCCAGCGUAUUCCCACCUGCUGCCAACAUGGAGUAUAUGCCGCUCCUUUGGACCACGGACCUCCUCCACUCUGCUCUUCACCACCUCGCAGGUCGAUGCACACACAGGUCUACCACUCACCACAUGGGACAGUGAUUUGGCUAGGACAGCUGAAGCCUGGGCGGCUACGUGUCUGUGGGAACAUGGACCAGCUUACUUGCUGCAGUUCUAUGGACAGAACCUGUCUGUCAGGACAGGGGGAUAUCAUUCUAUCCUGCAGUUGGUCAAACCUUGGUAUGAUGAAGCCAAUGACUAUGUGUUCCCUUACCCUCCUAUCUGCAAUCCCAGCUGCCCCCUGCUCUGCUACGGGCCCACAUGUACACACUACACACAGAUGGUGUGGGCAUCCACCAAGAGACUAGGUUGUGCAGUGCAGACCUGCUACAACAUGUUUGUAUGGGGAGCUCUGUGGAAGGAAGCCACCUUUCUGGUCUGCAACUAUUCACCUAAGGGAAACUGGAUAGGAGAGGCUCCUUACAGAGUGGGAAUUCCUUGUUCAGCCUGUCCGUCCAGCUACAGAGGUAUCUGCAGCAACAACAUGUGCUUUCCAGCUGUCCAGUCCAACUACAUGUACUGGUUCAAGUGAAGAGAGGGAAAGGCCAGUUAUAGUUGGGAAAUGAUGAAUUAUAAUUCCUGUAAUUGGAUUACAAACUAUCAUAAUUAAUAUUGUUAAACUGUCACAUGACCGCUUAUAUAAAAUGAAUAUAAAAAUGAAAAUGAACCACAAAAAUCUUUAAUUUGGGUGUGAGGAUAUUGCUGGUCCCAUGGAAAGGAUCCAGCCUGGCGUGUCCUGACAGUCCUGUCUGCUCUUUUCACUGCCUGUCCCGUACACCCUCACUUUCAUUUUAGUCUGUAACACAGCAACAGUAGUCUUGGAUGCUGUAUUAAUAUUUGAUGGCCCAGGAUAACUAGGUUAACAUUUACUAUUGAUAUACUUAAAUAUUAUCUAUAACACCUAGUGUGUGUUACAACAGUACAUGGUGCUAAUAGUUUAAUGUGCAUGUCCUUGUUCUUCUUUUUGUCCCUUGGUUUUGUAACUGUUCGGUGUUAUAUGUUGUUUAAGAGCCAAAUCAAAUUUGUAGACCUUUGUUAGCAACAGGAGUGAAAACCAAUCUCUAUACAGUAUGUAGCACAAGUUUCUUUUAGUUGUACUAAAACAAUAACACUAGAUGGUGACAACAAACCAUCUAAAUAUGAACAAGAUGGACCGUAUGGAGAAGGGAGAUGGAGUGGAAGGGAUGUUGAAGGCUUGGAAAUGGGCUUGAGAAAAAAGCGAAACCAAGAUAUGGAAAAGAUUUUUAUUAAGACUGCACUCCACUCUGGUAAACUGAGCAGAAUCUGAACACAACAGUGAACUUUCCUGCUCAGAGCUGACAGAGUACUGUAUAUGUGAUUAUGUGCUUUGAAGUAACCAGUCAAUGAUAACACUGGACAUUAGUAUACAGAACAAACAAUAAAUCAUUUUAUG